GAGGUUUGUGGGUGGCUUUGAAAUAAGUUGGUGUCCUGGAGGCUGAUUCGUCCCCCAACGCAGGUCCUCAAACUCGGUCCUGGAUAGAUGGAAGUACAACUGAAAGCGAUUGUCAUCCAGACGCUGCUCCUUGAGUAGUUGGUGGUACUCUCCAAACUGAUUCCAUCUUGAGAGAAUCUGGUGAAGCCAGAGAUGUCGAUGACGGCGGCGUUGUUCAGCUUUCCAUACGUAAAUAAACCGCCAUCACUCGCUCCAUAAAGUCCAAGUCCGCCAUGUUGAAUUAAAACCGGCAAGCAGCAGUUAGAAGCUACUCCUAUUUGAUGACGCGGUGGAGCGUUGUCGGCCGUUAGUCAUGCGAAGUGCUGGCGAAAUGUCAGGCGAGCGACAGCACACGUAUGAGGCGAAAAAUUCGCUGAAAUCGUGGUCGGUCUGAACACACCAUUAGAGGUCUUUCUUGGCCUACCUGUAUGCAUGCUGAGUUUUAGAACGCACCAAACUACAAAUCUUUCAACAAGAUUGUCAAGUUAAUCCAACAAAUCUGACAGUUUUAAAUGGUUUACUAUCUCCAUGCAACUGGAGUGCAUUCUACAACAAAUCAAGCGCACCCAUCCCUGUCAUUGCUCUAUCUCAGCAGGCAAAUCUAUAGGUUAAUCCUGUUCACCUGUGCUCAGAUUGAAUUCUAUUCAGAGAAAGAACUUCAGCUGAAAGCUUCUCCAAAGACACCACUGGUUAUCAACCUACUUAUGUCCUAGGAAUGUUGCACUGCUGUUAAGAUCCAUCUAAAAAGAAAGGAUGAAUAAACAAAUGUGACUGAGCUGAGUUGUUCCUUCGUCUCUUUGGAGGAAGCAAGCCUUUUCAAGUUUGGGAAAAUGCUGAAGUGACUUCAGAUGGAGAAAAAAACUUGACAGUUGAUAACCAUGGUUCCACUGAAGACCUGAUAAAAGAGAGUUCUGGUGAGCAGAAGAGGACAAUCAAGGAGGACAUCAAGCAUCAGCAUUAAGGUUUACAAUGGCUGAAGAAAUGUUUGGAAAGUCACUAAAACAAUUAAAGUUGGAGCGAACCAUGGCUAAAUCUUCCUUCACCAAGCAAGCCAACUUCUUGAGCAGAAGAGCUCCCAAUAUGACAGAGAUGGAACUGCGGGAGGAAUUCAAAAAGCUCACCUCUGAGUGAUUCAAAUGAUGAUUACAAAGCUGGGCUAUUAGGAGAAAUGGAAGACAAAGUUGGGGAACAUGGUGAAGUGGAACUUGAUAAACAGCAACGAGCCGAUUUGGAAAAAACUAUUAAUGACUGUGAAUUGAAAUUAGAGGAAGUCAAACAAAUAGUUCAGUCCAAUUUGUGGAGGAAAUAUGGUCAAGAUGAACUCUGUACUGCAAUUCAGCAGGCAGAAAAGGCUUGUGAUGAUGCUGCUGAUAUACAGGUUUUAGCUGUGAACAAAAGGGCAUAUGAAAUGCAGCUGUCCUUUGUGGAGGAAGUGAUUCACGAAGCAAUUUAAAAGCCUUGCUACCUGGGAAAUAUGGGUUCCAGCAGAAGAAAGAAACAGUUUAGAUGGUAAAGUAAGGCAGCUUAAAGUGAUGAGAAAUAAACUUCAAACAAGAAAAUCACAGUUCACUGUAGCACAAACAAUCGCAAAGGAAAAGAGUAAAUCUGCAGCAGCUCAAUCAGACUUCACAUCUUGACCUAUACAGGCACAAGCCACAUCCAUUGUGAAGAUCUGUCCCAUUAGCCUUCCAAAAUGUUAUGGAUAUAAAAGGAAUUUUCAUAGAUGGAAGAAAGACUGGGAGAAUCUACAGAAGCAGGGGAUCCAACUGGCUCAGUUGAGGUGAAAAAGUUUCAAUUGUUGGAUAGUGUGGAUGAAAGGAUAUGUCGUUAAUUGCACUUGUUUACUGCUACAGAUAUGUUCAGAGUGAUGGAAAAUAGAUAUGGAAACAAGUCAAGUAUUGCUUUGGAGAUUAUUGAAGAGCUUGAGAAAAUCCCACCUCUGAAAACAAAUCAGCCAAGGAAAGUGAUAGACCUUAUACAAGCAAUUGAAAAGGCUCUAGCUGAUUUGACAGAGUUGGGUAAUACUGGAGCCAUGAAAAAUCCUCUGGUUACUAAAUCUUUGGAAAGCAAACUACCUGAUGUUAUAAAAAGAGAUUGGCUAGUUUUUAUGGUUAAUCCUAUUAAUGGGGUGACAGCAGACAAUCAUUUUGACAGCUUCCUCAAAUUCCUGAAGACGCAAGAGGAAGUUCUGGAGAAACUAGAGCAACUGGGAGUUGGUGAGAAAACAGAAGAAGUUUGAGAAACGACAUGCUUUUACUCGAUCUAUAAGAGAGAAUCAUGGCUGCAUUGUGUGUGGAGAUGCAAAAGCACAUCUUCCAAUAAAGAGUUCAUUGACUGGUGGAAAUGGGAGAGUGUGGAAUCAACAUUUUUGAAAACAGAGAGACGACUGAAUAAAGAACCUGAACGGAAAACCAUUUAUGCAGCCCAAGUGCACGAAAUGGUGCAAAGAAAAGCAGCAAUUAAACUGUCAGAGGCAACUUUAAACAGGUGGGAAGGACCUGUGUGGUAUGUAAACCAUCAGGUGGCACCAAAUCCUCACUCUGUAACCACUCCUGUGCGCUUAGUAUGGGACAGCAGUCAAAGAUUUGAAGGGCAGAGUAUCAAUGACAUUCUGCUGAAAGGUCCUGAUGUUUUAAAUCUUAUACGUGCUGUUUUACUUAGGUUCAGAAGAGGAGUACAUGCUGCCUUGGGAGACAUUAAAAAAAUAUACAACUCUGUAUGGUUAGAGGACCUAGAGAGACACCUGCACAGAUUUCUCUGGAGAGACAGCCCAAGAGAGGAAAUCAGUGAGUUUACUAUUGCCAGAGUUAAUAUUGGGGAUCGUCCCGCUGGAUGUAUUGCCCAAAUAGCAAUGCGGGAAACAGCAAAACCACCAAUGUUUGAUUGUUGUGUAGAGGAGCAGAGGAUUCUGGAAGAAGACUGUUAUGUUGAUGACAUUUUAACAUCUGACAAUAAUCCAGAACUUUUGCAAAACCACAUAAAGAAGGUGGAAGAAAUCUUGCAAGCUGGAGGAUUUUUUUUGAAACCAUGGAUCUUGUCAGGCCAAAGUGGGAGGCAAAACACUUCUUUAGAAAAGGACAUUUCCUCUCCUAAUAAAGGAAAAGUCUUUAUACUCCCCAACCAGUUGAAGGAGGAGGACAACAAGGCUUUGGGUGUUGGAUACCUGGUGGAAGAAGAUAAACUCUAUGUGAUGACAUCAAUCAACUUCUCAAAAAGAAGGAAAAGAAUGAAGGUGGGACAGGACCUAAGAGAGGAGGAAGUUAAGAUAAAUACUCCAAAUCCUCUCACUAGAAGAGAACUUCUGAGCCAAGUAGCCAGCCUCUUUGAUCCCAUUGGUCUAGCUACACCUAUCAAACAGAAGGGGGCAAUUUUAGUGAGAAAGGCUUUUCAAGAAGCCAGAAGCGGAGAUAAAGCAGUGGACACCUGGGACCAACCACUUUCGGAUGGGCUUAGAAAUGAGGCUAUUGAACUGUUCCAAGAAUGAGACAAAUUAUAUUUUACAGGAGCUUGACACCAAUUGGUUGGAGUGGAAAACCCAUGGAAUAACCUUUUCAGAUGGAAGCGACAAAAGUUAUGGUGCAGUUCUAUACUUCAGAUGGGAGACUAAGCAAGGGAUCCAAGUGAGAUUGGUUGAAUCCAAAGCAAAGCUCAUUCCACUUGAUCAAAAAGGAGACUGUUAAGGCAGAAAUUUGUGGUGCAGUGUUUGCAGCCUGAGGAGGUAUGUUGAAAAGCACAGCAGGAUGGACAUUGGAAACUGGUUCCAUUUUUUGGAUAGCCAAACCGUGCUUGGUGUCAUUCAGCGUGACAGUUAUGGAUACCAGUCUUUCUUUGCAAACAGAGUUGGUGAAAUACAGAAAGCUGGACCUGUCACAGAUUGGUGGUGGAUUCCAGGUGAUCUUAAUAUUGCCGACAGUAUAACAAGAGGAGCAUCUCCUGAGUACCUUCAAUAGGAUUCACAGUGGCAAAAUGGACCAAAAUUCCUGUGCCAACCUAUUGAACAAUGGCCGAUAAAGUCUGCCAAAGAUAUUGCUGUGUCUGCAAAAAAAAGUGUCGCAAAGCUCCAAAGGAAAGCUUUUUCAGCAGUGACGACCAGGGCACAAUCCAAGCAAAUUAAUGAGAAAGAAAUUAGGAAGGAGGAUGAGACAAAGAAUCCAUUAAAAGCCAGUGAGUGGAAGGAGAAGGGCAGUCAAAGCAAAGUUUUUCCACUAACUUGUAUUGCCAAGCAAUUAAUCCAAGAGAGAAGAUACAGUAAUCUUUCUAAACUGGUCAGAGUUAUUGCAUGGGUGAGAAGAGCUAUUGAAAAGUGGAAACUCAUAUUAAAAAGACAGAGUGCCAGCAAAGGGAAAGUAAAGAUCUGCACAAACCAACAGACAGCCAUUCAUGCUGGACUUAGUGUUAAAGAGUGUGAGGAUGCGAUGAAAGAUGUUUUUCUGGCUGCUCAAGAGAGUACGCUAUUCAAUGACACCAUUUUGAACAGACUAGUUGUGUUUAAAGAACAAGGCUCUGGACUUCAGGUAUGUGGGGGACGCAUUCAAUCUUUUGGUGAAGACAAAAAAGUAGUUCCUAUCUUACCAUAUGAUUCAUGGAUAUCCACACUGCUUGCCCUUGAAUCUCAUGAGAUAAAUCACAAAGAUAUUGCUGGAACAUUAUUGCGGAUGAGAACAAAAGCAUGGGUUGUAAGAGGCAGAAGAUUGGCUAAAAAAGUUGUGGAUAACUGUGUGAUAUGCCGGAAAGCCAAAGCAAAAAGGUGUAAGCAGAUAAUGGGGGAUCUCCCUCCUGAAAGAACACAGCCUGCCAGACCGUUUCAGUACACAGCUAUUGAUCUGUUUGGGCCCUAUGAAGUGAGAGAUGAAGCUCGGAAAAGGGUGAAACUGAAACUGUGAGGCAUCAUCUUCUGCUCUGUGUCAUCUCGAGCUAUCCACACAAAUCUUGUAAGUGAUCAAUCAAGUGAAGGGUUCUCGGUGGCAUACCAAAGAUUUACAGCCCUGAGGGGGCAUCCAAAAAAGUUGUGGUCAGAUGGUGGGAGAAACUUUGUUGGAGCUAAAUCUGCUCUUAGUGAUUUCUAUUUGUUUUUUAACCAACUUAACAAAGAACAAAUUCAACAGGAAACUUUGAAACAUGGGACUGAAUGGUGCUGGAAAAUACAUCCUGCAGACUCCCCCCACAGAAAUGGAGCAGCAGAAGCAGCUGUAAAGAUUGUCAAGCCAGCUUUACACAAUUUAGGAGGAGAUGGAGUUUUCACAUGGGGAGAAUUUCAGACAUUCCUGUAUAUUGCAGCAAAUCUGGCCAAUGAAAGACCAAUAGAUGCAAGAACUCAAAGCUGAGAAGGCUGCAUAAACUACAUAACUCCUAACUCUCUGUUGCUGGGAAGAGCUGAUCCCAGAGGUGAUAGCUAUGGCUUUGAGUUUGAAGGGUAUUCCCUCAAAAGACUAAAGUUCAUUCAAACAGAAGUUGACAGAUUCUGGAAAAAGUGGGGUCAACUGGCAGGACCAAAUUUGUUUGUCCGAAGUAAAUGGCAUUCAAUGAAAAGGAAUGUAGCUACUGGGGACAUCAUUUGGCUUGCAGACCAAAAUGCCCUGAGAGGUCAGUACAAACUUGGCAAAGUGAUUGGGGUAAACAAUGACAAAAAGGGGAUUGUGAGAGAUGUAUAUGUAAGAACUUAUCCAAGUUACCCUGUGCCCACUGUUAAAGCUGGAGGACAAACAAACAAAAAGGGGAAAAAACUCUCAAUGAAGAUACCUUCAACAAUACUUCAUAGAGAUGUCAGGUGCAUUGUUGUUAUUGCCAAUGGAAGAACAAGGAACACUGCAGUGAUAAGAUCUGACGAUGAAGAUAGAAAGAUGUGACCUCCUAAGGUUAAAAAACUCAGGAGCUCAAGUGGGAGGUGUCAAGUUAAUACAACAAAUCUGACGGUUUUAAAUGGUUUACUAUCUCCAUGCAACUGGAGUGCACUCUACAACAAAUCAAGCACACCCUUCCCUGUCAUUGCUCUAUCUCAGCAGGCAAAUCUAUAGGGUAAUCCUGUUCACCUGUGCUCAGAUUGAAUUCUAUUCAGAGAAAGAACUUCAGCUGAAAGCUUCUCCAAAGACACCACUGGACAAUAUUAUUUGAAGUACGUAAUACAUAUUUAAUUCGAAAAACUAAAACUGUACCGAAAUUUGCUGAUUGUUUGUGGUUGGAUACAUAUUAGUAUGCACGCUUUGCAACAUAGUUUGUUUACCUUUUUCAUUCACUGUUAAGUUAAAAGUAAAUUAUUAAAAGCAUUAAUUAAGAAACUAGUUAAAUAUGAAAAGUCAAAGUAAACAUUGUUGUUUCUGAUGUUUAAUGUUUAUCUCAUCUGUUUGUAGGUUAUCAACCUACUUAUGUCCUAGGAAUGUUGCACUGCUGUUAAGAUCCAUCUAAAAAGAAAAUAUUAAUAAACAAAUGUGACUGAG